AUGUUGAGUAUCGGAAGAUUAAGAUCUGCCUUACCCCGCCUGAUCUGGAUAAAUCUUGCCCCCGGUCCUGAUAUGAAGAUUCCUGUCCGCGCGGAAAACUCAACCCCCUACAGAGAUUCCAAACGACCAGCAGAUCGUGGGAUUCAGAUCCUCCCUCUUCGAUGGGUUUUCACAUACAAAUUCGACAGCAACGGCUUCCUUACGAAGCUCAAGGCUCGGAUAUGUGUCAGAGGAGAUCUUCAGGAGAUGGAUCAUGAAAAUAAAACGGUCGCAACACUAGCAGCUCGUACAGCAAAAGCUAUAUUCGCUAUCGCUGCCGCCUUCGCCUGA